AUGCGCCAAAGAAUAACCUUCAUCCAACACCCCGACGCCCCCUUCACAUUCAACCAAGCAAUCCUCUCCCCGGACUCCCUCUCAAUCCACGACAUCGACGGAGCCCGCGAAGAACGCGUGACCUUUCGUGUGGAUGAGCUGCCCGAAGAGCUCCGUCAAGUCCUUGGACAAUCCCAUCGGAUUCAUCUUCGCUGGGCUACGCAGAGACAAUAUCAUGCUCUAGCUCCGUUUUCGAGUCGGGUUUCGGCUGGGUUGCAUGUGUUUUUUUCCCCGGUGCGUGUAGGAGAAGGAGAAGUGACGAAGCGGGGGGAAUCGGGAUUGUGUACAUUGCUUAAGAAAGCCUUCGAUCCCAGGUUAAAGUGUGAGAAUGCCGAGAAAUCCUUCAUUCUCUCCACUCGCUCUGCUGCUUCCACGGCUGCCUACCAGUUCUACGAAUCCCUGCCCUCCCUCGAUACCCUCGUUACGUACCUACAGCAGGAAAUUUGCGCCCGGGAUGAUCUGGCGUGUUCUCGCCAUGCGGCGUUGCUUUUAUCGGCGGAUUCGGUCGAUCUUAACUAUGAUAGCAUAUCGCAUGCCUUGACGAUGUCCGGGCUUUGGUCGCGUGCGCCGGAAGGGGCCCCAGGUUGGACUGAGACGAUUCGGAAACAUGCGGCGGGCACGGAUAAAGUGGAAGUUGGGCUUCUGGGUGCUGAACAGGCAACGGACCCGGAGGAGAUCAAGAUGGGUGGAUUAUUGGCGGUUGUUGGGGAGGAUACGGAGUUGAAGCCGACCCUUUUCUCGUUCCCUUCUCGCCAUCACCCCCUUCCGGCGGACGCAACUUACUCCGUGUCCUUCGCCCCCCCCACCGGAUUACAUCCAACAAUGACCAUUUCGAUGCCCCGCGCGGCGAUCAAGAAACCUCCCGGUCCGCCUGAUGCGACAUGCGCACUUCACACAUACCUCACCCUGCCCUCGUCGAUCUUCGGCGACAAGUACCAGCUUUCCACGACAGACCCUUUGUUCCUCGAAUCACAUAACCUUGUCGCGCUUCGUUCCGUCGCGGGGCAGACAGAUCUCGAAGCACCAGAUUGGUCCAUAUCCCAAUGGGGCUCCAACUGGCUGCUGGAGCUGGCUACUCCGUCCCCGUCAGAUCAAAGUAGCGAAGCGUGGAACGUAACUGUCCCCCUGCAUCUGCGAUACCUCCCUCCCUCGGAAUCGGGGUAUCGAUCCACGUCGGUGCCGUGGCCCGUAGUCUUCUGGGCGUGCACCGCCGAAGACGGCACCAAGAUGGCAAUGAACCCGUUUGACCGAGUAAAUCUGGGCUGGGAGAGCCUGUUUGGUCCGCGCACGAUGUUCUACCAGCUGCAUCCAUCGCAGCAUCGCCAGCACCACCGUCUUGUAGAGGAAGUGGAGGUCCCUGUUCUGCGGCUGGGACAUGCAGGAUUCUUCCAAAGCCAGGUCAUCGAGACGGGCACCGUGAUUGUAAUAGUGCUCGGGUUCCUGUGGGUAUUAUGGAAGCUCGGCCGUGUAGCGUGGUCCACGGGAAUCACUCCCGCGAGAGGACGACGAAGCGAUAAGCAGGGUAAAGAUGAAUGA